GGCGGUGGUAGGGCUGUGCGAGUGCGGCAGUGGGAUUGGGAGCCGGUGGUGUCUCGAAGCUGGUCGGAGCAGAGCGCGUAUGACUCGCCGCAAGUGCGGUGGCCUGGUGCAUGCUCGAGUAUUCCCCUUUCGUCGUGCUUUCCCUGUCGGCCUGUCUGUUAUUUCGCGUUGACUCGCGCGCGUUCUGCAUUGCGUCAAGUCAGCGUCCCCGUUUAUUCGAUGUAGGCAAGCGCGAGUCGCAAACGCGUUUGUUUACGUUGUUCGGGAUCGGUGCUCGGGAUAAAUGUGCGGCUCGUCGAGUAAAAGUGAAGUGAGGAAACCCUUGACGGGAGUAAAGAUGUAGAGGGUCCAGGAAUGAAAGUGAUUCCUGAGUAACGAGCUCCGAAAAAGUGCGGACCCGGUGGAUCAAAUGGUGAAACAAAAGUGUCAGGAAGUACCGGAGUCGCUGAGAGGAGUCCGCGAAUCUCCAUCGGGAACGGAGUGAGCGUGCUCGAGUUCUCGGAUGAAGCGUUCGAAAAGCCACGCGGAAGAUACAUUGGCUCGCGUAGACCUGUCCGAGUGAAAAAAGGCAGUUGAGAAAAGGAAAAAAGGCGCAGAAAGGGCCGAGGAUCGCGAGCAUCGAUGCCGUAUCUGGAGCCCACUCGAGACGACGUCUCGCGCACCUCCCUCGCAAGCGUCGGAGACUGGAUUGUUCCGUACGAAGAGUCUAGCGUGCGGCGCGACGCCGUUGCCGCGCUCUAAUAACAUCGUGGUCGAAGCGCGCCCGGCCAGUGUUGCGUGCACGUGGAGCAGCGAGGAGGCGAUUUCGGGAAGUCGGCACCCGGGGGAGCAGACUCAGAUUUUGGAGAAGAAGCUGCGGAGUUCGGCCCGAGGGAGUUACAGCGAUUGAGGGAGCCCCGCGAGGACCGACGAUGGAGGACGAGCUGCGGUGUCCAUCGUGCAAGGAACUGUUCGCCGAUCCGGUUCUCUUGCCCUGCUGGCACGCGCUGUGCUUAGCAUGCGCGGUGAAUCUCCAAGCGCCGCCCGAUUCCCCGCCGGAAUCGACGACCGAUUGCUCCAAUGCCCCCGGCUCCGAUCAGGAAGCCGACAAACUUUCGAUACUCUCGGAAACCGACUCUGGCGUCGUGUGCAGCAGCACCUCGACCAGCUCCCGACCGGGAAGCUACGUCGGGACACCCGGAAACGGCGGAUUCCCACCUUCCGGUGGAACUCUCUGCCUCUCCUGUCCCGUUUGCCACAAAAACGUCUACUUCGAUGAAGGCGGCGCACACAAUUUGCCCAAGUAUCGAGCCAUGCAGAGAAUCGUCGAGAAGUAUCAGGAAGCGAGAAACGUCAGGAUGCAGUGUCAGAUGUGCGAGGGCGAACCCCGCGAAGCUAUCGUCGCCUGCGAGCAGUGCGAGGUACUUUAUUGCGACGCCUGCAGAGAGUCCUGCCACCCGAAAAGAGGUCCUUUGGCCGCUCACAACCUGGGUCCUCCGCGCGGCAGCUGGCAAUCAACGAGCUCGAGGGGUCCCCGAGGUCUCGGUGCUGACGGGAGUCCGAUCUGCGCGGAUCACAAUGGCGAGACAGUCAGCCUCUAUUGUGCGCUUUGCAAGAUUGCAGCGUGUACGCUCUGCCUCCGGGACAGACACGCGGCUCAUCCUCACGACGUGUUGCCGCUCGCCGCCGCCUGCAAGGCUCAAAAGACCGAGCUGUCGCAGAAUCUGCAACAGCUGUCCGAACGAGCACGCUCCACGACGGAAUUCAUCCAGAGACUCAAAGGAAUGACGGACAAAGUUCACGAGGAAUGCGUGAGUUUGGAAGAAGAGGUAGAGGAAAGGGUCGCCCAUCUGGUGAGUCUGUUACAAUCGAGGAAGUCUCGGUUGAUCGAAGCAGCCCGCCAGACUCGAGAAGCGAGGGUUCGAUCGCUGCGCGAUCAGGUGACGAGGUGCGCGACUCAUUUGCAAGCCACCACCGCACUUCUGACCUUCUGCAUCGAGGCACUCAAGGAAAAUGACAGCGCAGCCUUCCUCCAAAUUGGAGGGAUGCUCUCCGUGAGAGCUGCGACCGCGGCUGGCUCGUGGGGAGCAGCUGAGGGGGUUCAAGAAAUCGCUCGUUUGCCUCUCCUCGAUUUGACUCUCGAUGACAAACCACUGAGACGGGCCAUCGAUCAACUCACCUUUGUACAACUCAAACCUGCAGAGGGAGAAGAUCGGUAUCCAACAGCAGCACCAGCAGCUCCCCUUCUCAUUCCCGAGGAGUGCAGCACUCAGAACAACAGCGUAACCGUUGCUUGGCAGCCUCCGGCUGGUCACGGAAUUGGUUGCGGUCAGCGUGGACCAGCCAUCGAAGGUUAUCUUCUCGAACUCGACGACGGAUGCGGCGGAGAGUUCAGGGAAGUUUAUUGCGGACGCGAAACAAUCUGCACGGUCGACGGGCUCCAUUUUAAUUCUCUGUACAACGCUCGCGUGCGAGCUUUCAACAGCGCUGGCGAGGGCGAAUACUCGGAACUCAUCGGACUCCAAACGGCAGAGCUCGCUUGGUUCUCGUGGGCGAUCGGAGCUCCUGGGAUCCCUCAGGAAGUCACAAUAUCGGACGACGCAAUGAGCGUCUCCUGCGAAGGCUACGAGCAUCGCGUCGUCCUCUCAAGCGUUGGUUUCUCUCGGGGUGUGCACUAUUGGGAGCUGACGAUCGAUCGGUAUCACAGCGACACGGAUCCGGCGUUUGGCAUCGCCAGGGCUGACGUCGCACGCGAUCAAAUGUUGGGCAAAGACGACAAAGGUUGGAGCAUGUACAUAGAUCGUCAAAGAUCGUGGUUCAUGCACGGUGGUGGUCACGCCCAGAGGACCGAAGGUGGAGUACAGCAAGGCACAACGGUGGGCGUUCUCCUCGACCUCGAGACGACCCACACGUUGCGUUUUUUCGUGAACGAUCAGCCCCAAGGUAGCGUGGCAUUUCACGAUCUUUACGGUGUUUUUUACCCGGCGGUGAGCCUGAAUCGUGGAGUAUCGGUAACUCUUCAUACGGCGAUCGACGCGCCGCAGCAUUUGCUCGCUCUCCACGAGGAAUAUGCGAGCGAUAUUAUUCAGAGCUAGGGGUACCUGAACGUCCUGAGAAAGGGCUUAAACGUGCAGGACAUCGAAUCGCCGCUUUCCUCAUUCGCCUCCAUUCUGAACGAGUAUGACCUCCAAACCGCGAGUUUGAUCGCCAACAAGGACAUCGGCAGCGUAACAACUAACGGGGACUUACAGUCGAUCGGGGUUAUUCAUACGUUAGAAAAAAUAGUUGAAGAAUCGCCGAACCACUUGGGCGAGCCGAAUUGAAUCGACCGCGCGGCGAUACCGAUUAGGAAAUACCGAGAGAUCGGUUUCUCAAUCGUUGAUAGAAUUAACAUUAUCGAGCUUUUAAUCUCAUCGAAAAUCCUCCGAUCGAGCCACCACGAACUCUCAAUUCGGGGACUCGAUAUAUUCGUGCUGGGUUACGCGACUCGGCUUUUUAUCGCGUAAGGAAACGAAUUUGAUACACACAGAUCUCGUAAUUGUUACGUCCUUUUGUUUAUUUUAUUGUUUUUCUUUUCGAUUAUUCAAGACUGAAUUUCAUAGAAUUUUGCAAAAUCGAGGAACCGUGGGUGAGUCUGCUGCGUGCGUGUGUGAGAGAAAGCGAGAGAGUGAAAUAACAUUUUUACGUACGAUCGAGCUGAAAAAAAUGCGCACCAGUUUUCGCGACCUGCCGGUUACGAACCGCCUUCCAGGACGGACUUUUGCCGCCUAUUCGUACUCGUAUUUUCUAUGCUAUUGACGCACAAAAAAAUCGAUCGAUAUUUAUUACGAUUUUAAAAUCAUUUGGUAUCGGGUUACCAGAUAAAAAAGAACUCGGCGUCGCAACGACCAUCCUUGGACAAUUGUACAACCUUUUUUCUCAUGAUCAAUCUUUCGGGAAGGAACGAUGAGCGAAAUAAAUAAAUCGAGUCCCAAGGAACUAUUUCGCAUCGGGGAGGGUUCGCCAUUAUCAUAUCGAAAUCACGUAUUUAAACGGCGUAGUUCUUAAGAUUAUCAGUAUCAUAGGUUACAUGAAUAAUAACGUUAAAAAUGAAUAUUCGUGACACGAAUGCAGCUUGAAUGUUGUAUAAAGAAAAAGCGAGGAAAACUGGAAAACGUUGCAGGUAAAGAAACACGAUAAACUACAAGAAUAAACGGGCGAAAGAGGGUGGUAACGUUCGAGUAUAAAUUUUUCUAGUCUCCGUAGGAUCCUCGCCACUUCCUACGUCCCCGCAACACUUAAUUUUUCUCCCUCACGUGCCUGCACGGAGUCGCUUAUGAUUCCUUCUAGUUUAAACCCAAAACCUCCAUCACGAAACAUCUCAAAAAUUGCGCCGACUCUUCUGAGGCAGUUAGCUAAUAACAUUGCAAGAAGAAAAGUCCUUUUUCAUUUUUUUCUCCGAUCAACCGUUCCCGAGAUAACAGCGAAUUUGUACAGUAGCCAAUCCACUGCGCGCUCGGUGACGCCGCUAGUCCGGCGAGGGUGGGAGAAGGCUCUGGCUCUCGCCUAUUGGCUAACGCAGUAAUUGUCCGAUAUUUCGCGAACGGUAAUUCGGAGGAGAAAAUGCAAAGGGACUUUUCUGCUCAGAAUCAUACGCUCCGGAUCUCUCUAUCAUUUACAUUUUGCUUUGGAUUGUAUGAGCUCGUUGGGGGAAGUGAAAUAAGGAAGAACGAUUUUUGUCUUCUCGUUCGUCGUAUCCUUCCUUGCACAAUUCCUUUACCAACGUAUUGUAAUUACAGGCGUUGCUGUCGUCCUCGAAUAAAUUGAGAGGGAACAUCGAUUAAACGAUCAAAGUUUUCCACGUGGAAUUAAUCAUUUGCAGAUAGUUACACUCCAAAUCCCCUGAACGAUAAUAAAAUUGCUCGAAGCUUAAGGCACUUCGCUCGAAAUAAGUUGUCUGGCGAAGACUUGCCAGGAAACAGAGAUCCCGGUGAAUGUGGCACUGAAAUUAAGACUCUUCUGAUCCAAGCCCUCCAGUGAUGUUCUCCCAGUCUUCCUAACGACGAGCUUUCGUCCCGUCACAAAGUUUCGUGCUGUUUGGUCAGAACAGCCGAGAUCGCAAUCGACCUCCAAUCAUAUUCCUCUCCGGUCUCACACAUUCUCAGUCCAUUUGGACAGAGGAAACAGUUUAAUUAAUUAACCAACUGUCCAACUGUCCCUUUGGCCAGGUUUUCUUAACACUCUGACUUUAUCCAACAUUCACGUGCAUCGGUCGAUUCGAUUGCUCGCUCCGAUCUGACGUCUGACACAUUUUACGGAAAAGUGAUUUUUCUUUCGGAAAAAGUACUUUUGCUGAGUACUUUCGAGACACCAGCGAAUCGUCGCUAUCGAUUUUUCCCCCUUUCGGUUGAGAUUUACCUUUUCAGGCUAUUUUCCUUUCUUCGGAAGAAUCCUUAGCACAUACACGACAGAAUUUUCAAAGAAAAUUUUGUCUGACGCUUGUAGCAUUUACUUUCAGACUUCUAUCAGAUCGAAUUUAACGCGGGAGGCGGAAAAGGCGGAGCGCUGCUUGCUUCGGUGAUGGAUGAAGAGCCAUGGGUAGGAAGGUGCUCGACGUUCGUAUUUUCUGGAGCUUCCCGAACGUGAAAUGCUGCUCCGUGCCAUUAAAUUAAGUCUGCACUGAGACAGUUCAUCACUUCUGGAAUGGCCAGUUAUUUUCUUUUCGCCUUUUUACAGCAAUAAUGUUAUCGCGAGACGUAACAAUGGGCCUCAUUGCAUUUACUCGAUUGGUAUUUAUGCUCACCAAUCAAUUAUUUCGGAGCACCUCCAGGGCGCAGUUUUUGAGAUGUUUUUUUAUCAUCCGCACUACCUUUGGUGGGAGAAAUAGUUAGUUAAGGAUGAAUGAAAGGGAAGAGAAUGAGAGGCGCGUUUUUGGAGCAGGAGCGUCGAACACGGAGGCGUCAAACGUCUCGAGCGUGUUUCCUGUCCACGAGCCAUCGACGAAUUAACGUAAGAACGGCAGCUUUGAAAAUGCACAAAUAAAAUCGAUUACGUUCGAGGAAGAUUGGCUUUCCGAUCGACGAAUAUGGACACAAAUAAAACGCCCACAUUUACAAUCCAACUGUAUAUAUUUGUACAUAACAUUAUCGAUUAUACAUUGCUGAUGAAAUUGCCAACUGUAACAUUUACGACUGUAUCCGAGACCAAUAAAAACUCAAAGAAAAGAAAAACCAUCAACCUUUCAAAGAUCCUCUUCCUCUUCCUCAUUUUCCUUACUUUGUUGAUCGUUAAAAAAAACGUUGCGUCUAUGAUCCCUCGUAAAACGGCGCUAUCGGGACAUAAAAAUAGGCGAGUGAAGGCGUCGCAGCUCGCAAUGUCGAGACACGACAAAGUUCCGGCUCGGAUCCAGAUAAAGAGAAGAGUAAAAUGGACUCCGCCAGGUGGAAAAUGUUGAAAUGCUCCGAUCGAAUUAUCAUGCCGCUGUAAACUGGAAUAAAUUUUCUACAAUUAUCCUCCACUCGCCUCGCAACGUUAAUUA